UGAUUCGCCUUUACCAGUCUCCUCCAGAGUCUGCUUUGUUAAGUUCCAUGAUCCGGACUCAGCAGUUGUGGCACAGCAUCUGACAAACACUGUAUUCGUUGACAGAGCUUUGAUAGUCGUACCAUAUGCAGAAGGUUUGUGCUUUGUUUAACUACCUAUGUGGGCAUCCUAUGAUGACCAUCUACCUCAGUGUAGUUUUAGAGUGAGCAUUAGUAGCAUGUUAAAAAAAUCUAAGCUAUUAACAUUUUGAAACCCUUGUUAUACUGUGGUCCAUAUUUUUUACAUGAAGGCUUUCUAACUUAAAAUUCAAAAUCUGAUUUGUUUUUAUAAGAUAUUUAACCUUUUGCAUUACUUUAAAACAAUUUUAAGUUCAUUAAAACCACUUCUCCAAUCGUAAUUCCUUAAGAUACAUCUACUUAGUUAAUUUAAUAUUGUUUUAUAUAAAAGUCCUGAAGGUGAACGGUUCACUUCAUGAACAUUUACACAGAAACCUUCAAAUAAAUGCAUGAUGAUGUUUCUAUUUUGAAUAAAUGUGACCAGGUUGGUUUUAUUUCCAUAGUGAUUCCUCUUAGUGAUUCUUCUUACCAAUAACUUUAAAAAAUAUAUCCCACAUUGAAUUUCAGUAUACCAAGGGUCGCAAUGGUUUGAUUUUUAUGAAGUUCAAUAUUUCCUAUAGCUUAGGUGCCAAAUGGGCACUGGGUGUUUUGUUUUAUGCCAGAUUUUCUUGUUCACUCUUGCUAUAUUUUCUAGAAUAUCUCUAAAUAAUAAAUUCUUCUCUCUGUUAUUUGUGUGUGUGAUUUUUGUAGUGGAGAAGGCAAAUGCAAAACUCUUCCAGAUGACUGAAAAACAGUGGGUCCUCUGCAGCUACAGGGGAUUCUAGACAUUAACUAAAGGCCAGCAAGCACUCAAGUCCCCCAAGUGUUUUCCUGGUGUAACCAUUUGUUAACUACAUUUUCUCUCUUUUUACAUUUUAGGCUGUUAAAGUAAUUUGGCAGAAAAAUAAUGAGCAGGGUUUUUGGAUCUUAAAAAGCCACUGUGACAAGACAACACUAUUUUUAUUCCACUUUGUGAAAUUUUCUAAGACAUACUUUAUGCUUGUUCCCAGUGUACUGCUACUUUAUUUGCUUUUUGGUAACUAUAAAUUUAGUGGAAAAAAUCACUGAAAUAUGUUAAAAUUACUGGAUUUUAUUAACAUGCUGACCAGGGUAUAAAUGCUUUCCCCUUUCCUUGGUGAACUGGUCAGUGGAAGCAGAAUCUAGAUACUGUUAACUUUAGUUGCUAUCUUUGAAUACUGAUGUGAACAUUUAAACCAUUCCUUGUAAAAAUUGUGAAAUGUCUAGUCCUUAAAACUUAGAAAAAUUUCCUCUGUGGUUUUCUAAAGAAAUUAAAUUGCAUUCAUGGAUAAACUAAGGCAUGCUAUAUAACAGUAAAUCUGUCUCCAUGCUAUUAAAGUGUAUGAGCCCAGUUUUAAGGUUUUAAAGUGUGUAUAUAUAUAUUAUGUAGUGAUAAACUUGUGAGUGUGUUUUGAUUAAGCAUUUUCUGUCAGUGUGCCUGUUGUAGGAUGACUUACCAUCAAGAGAAAAUUUACAGAAUUCAAAUGUAGGAUAAGUAAAUGUAGAACAUAGCUUUUGGAACAAGGGUCAAAUCAUGUGAGUAAUUUGCCAAACACUAGUUAGCCUUAUAAUUUUAAAAAUUCUUUUUGGCCAAAUAUUAUGUCAUAGUUCCCAAGCCCUGAACAUAAUACAGUAUAUCAUAUAACAAGAUUUCAUAAAUAUUUUUAGACCAUAGUAAUUUUUUUGGAUUUGUUUUGAAACAUAUUUAGGGAGUACAUUAUUAGAAUUACAGAACUAUUUAGUUACAGAAUCUAUUAGUAUAUUACUGGUAAUUACUGGUAUGGUAUGCUGUAUUAAUGUUGCCUCCACUAAAUAACUGAUGUACUCAACCUUUUUGUCACCAUUCACCCUGGUUUUAGCUCUUACAUUAUGCCGUUGCUUCUUGGUCAGUGUUUUAGAACAAUAGACACAAAGUCUACGGUAAGGAAUAGUGUUUAACCGAUAAAACUGAGAUAGCUGAAUUUGGAAGGAACUCUUAAUAAUAAUGGAUUUGGGGACUAUUUAGGUUCCUUGGUUAAUGUUUGUUUCUUUUGUCUGUUUCUUUUUCUUUCAUUUCUACACAUUCAUGCAGUAUUUCAUGGUUCUAUCAAAGCAGCAGUAAAAAAAAUACUCUUGACGCAUGAAAAUUAACUGUUCUUUUCCCUGGUUCAGCCUGAACUAUAUACCAGGCCCUGCUGAAAAUACCACCCAACAGUUUUCUUCUGCAGCUUAUCCAGUUUCUCUUAAGUGCCCUGUACAUAUUGUAUGUUUUAUGAUGAGAUGCAGUUUCUUAAUAUGUAUUACAGAAAUACUACUGGUAUUUGCAAAUAUGUAGUUUAAUUGUAUUAUUGAACUCUCAUUUUGGGGGCUUGGGCACAUUAACAGAUUAAUCCAUCUGUUAUAGGGCUUUUGCUGUUGGAUAGAAUUUAAAUUGUCUACAUAAAUAUUUGUCUCAGGACCCUUAGAUUUUAUCUGAAUACACAGAUUAGGCUUUAAAAACAGACAUACAUGUUGUUUUUGGCUUUAGGAGUUUGGCUAAGUUAGCUUUUGAACUGACACUAUAUAGCAGCAUUUUUUGGUAUGGUUAGCAUGGCACAUAUUGGAACAUAAAGCAUUUUACUGUACAGGUAAGGAAUGUGCCAUGUUUUACUUAUUCUCUCUCUCUUUCCCUCUCACUCACUCCCACACACAUCCUGUGUGUAUUCAGAGACCUUCAGAAACAUUCAUAUUCAUUUUCAUGAGUCAGCAAAAGCCCUACUCUUGAUUCAACAGAAUAUUUCCUUUACAUACUUUUUUCUCUUUAAUUUUUACAAAAUUGUAUGGUAGGUGUAAAAGAAAAUCAUAGUAACUGUACCAUAUUAUUAACCCCUAAAUCAAACUUUUUUUGUCUUGUGUAUCUUGAUUUUUCUGUGUGCUUUAUAGUGAAGCAGCCGACACGAGUCGUUGUUCAUAAAACAGCUUUUGAAAGUUGAGAGCACACCCCUGGAGAACCGACUGUGCUUGCUUACGUUUGGUUCAUGACUUAAAAAUCGAGUACAGGAGUUAUUCCUGAUGAGACUAAGGCUUUGUCUCUGUUGGCACCAGCUAAUGCAGUGGCAGGUCUUCUGCCUGGUGGUGGACUCCUGCCUACUCCUAACCCACUUACCCAGAUUGGCGCUGUUCCAUUGGCUGCUUUGGGAGCUCCUACCCUUGAUCCUGCCCUUGCUGCACUUGGGCUUCCUGGAGCAAACUUGAACUCACAGUCUCUUGCUGCAGAUCAGUUGCUGAAACUUAUGAGUACUGUUGAUCCCAAAUUGAAUCAUGUCGCUGCUGGUCUUGUUUCACCAAGUCUGAAAUCAGAUACCUCUAGUAAAGAAAUAGAGGAAGCCAUGAAGAGAGUACGAGAAGCACAGUCCCUAAUUUCUGCUGCUAUAGAACCAGAUAAGAAAGAAGAAAAACGAAGACACUCAAGGUCAAGAUCACGUUCUAGGAGGAGGAGGACUCCCUCAUCUUCUAGGCACAGGCGAUCAAGAAGCAGAUCAAGAAGGCGAUCACAUUCUAAGUCAAGGAGUAGACGACGAUCCAAAAGUCCAAGACGGAGAAGAUCUCAUUCCAGAGAGAGGGGUAGAAGGUCAAGGAGCACGUCAAAAAACAGAGAUAAAAAGAAAGAAGACAAAGAAAAGAAACGUUCCAAAACGCCACCAAAAAGUUACAGCACAGCCAGACGUUCCAGAAGUGCUAGCAGUUUGCACAUUUGUUGUUCUAGAGAGAGACGACGACGAAGAAGCAGAAGUGGCACAAGAUCUCCUAAAAAGCCUAGGUCUCCCAAAAGAAAAUUGUCUCGCUCACCAUCCCCUAGAAGACAUAAAAAGGAGAAGAAGAAAGAUAAAGACAAAGAAAGAAGCAGAGAUGAAAGAGAGCGAUCUACAAGCAAGAAGAAGAAAAGUAAAGAUAAGGAAAAAGAACGGGAAAGAAAAUCAGAGAGUGAUAAAGAUGUAAAACAGGUUACACGGGACUACGAUGAAGAGGAACAGGGGUAUGACAGCGAGAAGGAGAAAAAGGAGGAGAAGAAACCAACAGAACCAGGUUCUCCUAAAACAAAAGAAUGUUCUGUGGAAAAGGGAACUGGUGAUUCACUAAGAGAAUCCAAAGUGAAUGGGGAUGAUCAUCAUGAAGAAGACAUGGAUAUGAGUGACUGAACCAUGCCUCUGUGGGAAUCUGUGUACGUGCAUCAGUGUCAUUCCUGUGUGAUUUCUUAAUGCUGUAUUUGUUCAUCUCAAGCCUAGAUGUAUACAGCUGAGUCAUAAAUGGUUAUAAAGCUCCUGAUGUUGAUAGUUAUUUACAUCCAAAAGCUUUUAGGAAAAGGAUACAGGGGUAACCAAUUCGUGACAGGGUGAAAUCUGAUUGAGUAACCAAGCAGUUUUACUAUUCUGGUGCUGCUUCAUAACAAAAACGAAAAGCUGCAUGCAUCUACAGCAGGCAUGGAUUGUUUAUGUUGUAUGAUCUCCUUUAUUAAGUAAGUUCACUUAUAGUAUUUCUAGAAUUUGAUUCAUUGCCGUAAUAGAGCCAUGUAGGGAAUGCACUGAUUGCAUGUUAAUUGUGGCAGGAAUAUCCUAAAUGUCAUUAAAAUCCUUCAACAUGAUGGAUCUACUUAUGGUCGUUUGUUGACAUGACAAAUUAACCUUCUUAUAGUUACAUCUGGAAAUGAGCAUUUGAAAUAGAUAAUCCUUUAAGCCUUGUGGCUAAAUUUUUGUGGCUUUUGUUUAACUUUGAAAGGUUAUAUAUGCACUAACCUUUUUUGAUGGCUAUAAUUAGGCUUUAAUUACAGAAACAAGAUUUCAAAUGAAACUGUCUUUGGCAGUAAGUAAAUAGCAUAUUUUGAAGUAGAGUUGUAUACUUUUUCAUAAGGUGUUUGGGAAUUUUUUUUCCUAAAAUAAUUUAUUCCACAUCUGCAUCAGUGAAAGCUGUUUGCCUAUCCUGAAGUCCAUCUGUAAAAGAAAGUUAGCUUUUGUCCUGAGUUUGUUUUCCACGCUUUUAUUAAUUUGUUUUAAUCUCAUUGUUGGAAAAGGGGAUAGUGCAUUUUAAAUUGACCUUCAUAUGCUUUUAAAAAUAAGACAAAUCUACUUGAUAAUGUACUUUUUAUUUGAUCUCAAGUUGUAUAAAACCAGUAAAUUUUGUGUUACUGUUACUGCAGUAGUAAUCUUAUGCACACAGUGAUUCCAUGUUAAAUGCAAAGUAGUUAGGCAACUGUUUUCUUACAGGAGUUUCCAAGCUUUACUUUUGUGCAGUAAAAACAAAAGUAGGCUACAGUCUGUGCCAUGUUGAUGUACAGUUUCUGAAAUUGUUUUACAUGACUUUGAUAAUAAAACCCUUAAACUUA